GGAAUCGUCACAUUAUUGAGCAAGAUGGUCCUAAGAGGCGUGUUGGUGGUGGUACUGCUGGUGCUGAGACUCGGUCCUUCAUACGGGACGCCCCUCAUGGAGGAGAACGAGAGUGUGGCACAUCAUCUUAGUCCUGAGGUGGUGCAGCAGCUCCUGGCGGUCACCAAUAAUACUCUCCACCAUGUUCAGGAUGUCAAGUCGUUGUUGACACCGAUUCAAGAGCACCAGGCCAGCGUGGAAGUGUCAGGGAGUGCUGGGGGUGUUCUCCGCCGUGACAUAUCCAUGCAAAUUCUGUUGCUCCUGCUAGAAACCGAACAGGUGAGGCACAGCAGAGUACUAGAGCAGGUGAGUCAACAGAUGAGGGGUGUGGGUGGGCGAGACACUGCUACCUCCGGCGAGCAGUGGAGCGCCGCCAUCAACACCGUCCUGUUACCUCUACUACAGCUGCAGCAGGAGGUGAGGCAGCUGGCGACACGGCACCCCUCCUUCUCUACAGGUGACAACACAGCUUCACAGCCACAACAGUCUCCAUCACAGCCACUGCAGCCACAGCUACCAAUCACCGGGGACAAUAGCUGCAACACUCCCACCAACAGGCCCCGCGACUGUCACGACCCGCUGCUGGCCGGCAACACCCGCAGCGGCGUGUAUCAGAUCUUUCCAUACAGGUGCAGGAGGAGGGCGUGCAGGUGUGGUGUGAGCUGGAAGGUGAGGAAGGAGGGUGGACCGUGGUACUGGCCCGCCGCCCACUGGACCAACAGGUCAACUUCAACCGAGGCUGGAGAGACUACCGUGAAGGCUUCGGUGACCCAGACACAGAUUACUGGAUUGGUAAGUGCUGUUGCCUGUUGAGUGGCUGGUCCCUACACCCAACACGUCACUACAACACACUGCAGAGUGGCUAGUCCCUACACCCAACACGUAACUACAACACACUGUUGAGUGGCUGGUCCCUACACCCAACACGUCACUACAACACACUGCUGAGUGGCUGGUCCCUACACCCAACAAGUCGCGAUAACUCACUGUUGAGUGGCUGGUCCCUACACCCAACACAUCACUACAACACACUGUUGAGUUGCUGG